UAUAAAUAGAUGCUUAUAUGGUAUUUUCUUGAAAUCAUUCUAAUUGAGUUACAUACACUUGUAAUAUUCAAAACAUAUUUGUGAAGUGACAAAUGGAUCCAUCCUCAUCGUUAUCUCUAGUCCCCCAUGAGGAGAAGAGGCUGAAACAUGAUGUGUUUUUGAGCUAUUUGAAAGAAGAUACUGGCGACAAAGUCGUAAGUCACCUCAAGGGACACCUCCAUCGGGCAUGUUUUGACAUAUCCGACCACACUAGUCUCCCUAUAGGUCAAGAUCGGAGUUCCGAGCUGGUGAAGGCUAUUGAAGAGUCUUAUAUCUUUGUUGUCGUAUUCUCCUUUGGAUACCCUUUUUCUAAGAAGUGUCUUGAUGAGUUGGUCCUCAUAUGCGAUUCCGUCUCCAAAUCUAACAAAAACAACAGGAGAAGAGUUUUUCCUAUCUUUUAUGGUGUCAAUCCCUCUCAUGUACGGAGUCAACAAGGUGGUUCUUUCCUGCAAGCUUUUCAAGCUCACCAUGACAACCAUGUGGAUCCCAGGAGGAUUGAAAAAUGGAGGCAUGUCCUUGAAGACGCCGGUAAAGGAUCUGGUGAAGUCUUUCAAAGUGGGAUGGACCAAGAGAAAUUUCUAAGUGACGUUGUGAAACAGCUUGGAAAGUUGAAACUUCCGCUAGAGCUAUUUUACUUAGACCACGCUGUUGGGAUUGAACCACGAGCACAAAAUUUAAUUUCAGAGUUAAGUUUAGAUGAUCCUGCUCCUUCCAUUACUGCAGUUGUUGGAAAGAGCGGGUCAGGUAAAACGACUCUCAUCAAGGCUGUGUAUGAUAGAAUUGUUCCAAAUUUUGAGGCCAGUUGCUUUAUCGAGAAUGUCCGCUUUUACAAAGAUGAUAAUUGGAUGUUAAAUUUGCGGCGUGAUGUCAUUUCUCGGUUUAAUGGAGUUGAUUAUGGGAUUUACAAUUACAAUAUUUUAGCUUCUUCACAAAUAAUAAAAUGUGUAAGGAAUCAAAAGGUUCUUUUGGUACUCGAUGAUGUGGUAAAGUAUGAGCAGCUACAAGCGUUGGGUAUUCACGAUCCCGCCGCCUUUUACGAGGGAAGCAGAAUACUUGUGACGACAACAGAUAAACAGUCCCUUGUAAGCCUAAAAAAACACACUUCCUACAAUAUGAAGCUGCUAAAUUACCAGGAAUCUUUCGAACUCUUCACUAAGAUUUUAUAUGAAGAAGGCCAGUCUGCUGACGAGGAGUUUGUAUUUGAAAUAGUGUAUCGUGCUGGAGGGCUUCCCUUGAUGCUUAAUGUUUGGGGUCUCCAUUUUAAAAGUCAUGAAAGGGAAAAAUGGCCAAGAUUAUUGAAGGAAAUAAGAAGAAUUUCUCACGAAGAUGUUCAAAUGAAGCUCAAAGUAAGCUACGAUUCACUAAGUCCAAGAGCCAAGAAAGUGUUUCUAUAUAUCGCUUGUAUCAAUCGGAAUGGAAUCUACACGCAUAGCGUCAAGGAAACAUUUGGGUAUAUAGAUAUUGAAAUUCAAAAUCUAAAAGAUAAAGGUCUCAUUUUUGAAGAUCACUUUUAUGAUGAUAGACCUUCACAAAAGAAAAUCGGUAAUAAGCUUUGGAAUGGACUUGACUUUGACGAAUAUGAUUAUGAAGAUGGUGUUACAUAUUAUGUAUUGAAGAUGCAUCACCUGAUUAGAAAAAUGGGAAUUGAAGUGGCACGCCAACAAACAGGCCUGGUACCGGAUUAUUUUGGAUAUGAUCCGCUACCAUUACUCCAAUUUUGAUAUUUGGUAAAGGCCUGGAAUGUCUCCACAAUGAUAUUCGCAACGCUUUAAUUGAAUACACUUGAAACCUCGAGUAAACUAUAUAUCGUGGGCGGCUUUGACAUAUUUUAUUUAUGAAAAUGUAAUAGUUUAAUUUUAAUUUAUUUAAUUUAAUGUAAUGUUACUUUAUUUUU